AUGGCCGGCAACGUUCCCGUCACACAGUCGCUAGACGACAUCUAUCCCCAGGAUGCCCUCGAAAGCCAGCGCAAGAGAUGGAGUAACCUGCUGUCGUCGUUCAAGGAAGCAUACGGCCGCCCCGCCGAGUUCGUCUCACGCAGUCCCGGUCGCGUCAACCUGAUUGGCGAGCACAUUGACUACUCGCUGUACGAGGUCAUCCCUAUGGCUGUCACGGCCGACGUCCUGCUUGCUGUCGCCGUCUCGCCCGCCAACGGCUCGCCCACCGUCCGCAUCCAAAACGUCCAGUCGGACAAGUUCGCUACCCGCUCCUUCACCAUUGCCCACGACGGGGAAGUCGACAUCGACCCUACAUCUCACGAAUGGACCAACUACUUCAAGUCCGGCCUUCGCGGUGCCACCCAACUGCUCAAGAAGCACGCCGUCGCGGGAAUUGGUCAAUUGAACAUCGACAUCCUGGCCGACGGCACUGUUCCCGCUGGAGGUGGUCUGUCUAGCAGUGCCGCCUUUGUCUGUGCCAGCGCUUUGGCCGUCAUGAGAGCCCACGGUCAAGAGACGGUUGACAAGAAGGAGCUCGUCGAGCUGGCUGUUGUUUCCGAGAGAGCUGUUGGUGUCAAUUCUGGAGGCAUGGACCAGGCUGCUUCGGUGUUUUCCCAGAGAGGCUCUGCCCUGUACGUCGCUUUCCAGCCAGAGCUCUCUGCCCGCACCAUAGAGUUCCCUCAGACACACACUCCUUUGACCUUUGUCAUUGCUCAAUCCUUUGUCGCUGCCGACAAACACGUCACCGCUCCCGUCUGCUACAACCUCCGCGUCGUCGAAUGCACUCUUGCUGCUCGUGUCCUGGCCAGCAUCUGUGGUUUGAAAAACCUGCCCGACGAUUCAUCCCCGCUAGGCUUCAGUCUGCGCUCCUUUCACGACAGCUACUUCAAGAAGAAGGGUGCCGUCGGAGACGACGUCAAGGACUUUAGAUCUCAGCUCGACCAGCUUGUUCACAUUGUCGACAAUUACCUGCCGCAAGAAGAAGGGUAUACUCGUCAGCAGAUUUCGGAGCUCAUUGGCACUUCGGUCGACGAGCUGGAGAAGAGAUACAUGACCAAGUUCCCCGUACGCGCCGACAGCUUCAAGCUUAGGCAAAGAGCCUUGCACGUCUUUGGUGAAGCUGUGCGCGUGCUCAAGUUCAUGGACCUGCUGCAAUCGCCUGCCCCAUCUGAUGACAAGGAGAGCGAGGAGCUUCUCAAGAGUCUAGGAAACCUACUAAACGAUACCCAAGAAUCAUGCCGCGAUAUCUACGAAUGCUCGUGUCCCGAGCUCGACGAGCUCUGCAAGCUUGCUCGUUCGGCUGGUGCAUAUGGCAGUAGAUUGACGGGCGCUGGUUGGGGUGGCUGUAGUGUCCAUCUCGUGCCCCAGGACAAGGUCGAGGCUGUCAAGAAGGCAUGGGAGGAAAAGUAUUACAACAAGCGAUUCCCCGACAUGGACGCCGCCAAGUUGCAGGACGCCAUUGUCGUCAGUAAGCCUGGCAGUGGAAGCACUCUCUUCCAAGUCGCCGGCAGAGAGAGUCUUUAA